CCCUAGAUUUUAGUUCACAAGAAGAAGAAGACAUGAUGACGCGGACCAGGAAGUGGUUCGGCUGUUUUGAAUUGACAGAUUGUGUUUCAACAGUAGCUGAGUCAAACGAUUAUAUUUGUAGCUAUAUAAAGAAAGACGGUUUUACUUUGUUUUACUUUGUUUCGAAGGACCAUUAUUGUUUUCCUCUGAAAUGGCUGUAUGAGUGUCGCACACACCCACAGUCCCCCAACACCAUGGGCCAGAGAAGGAGGGGUGUGGCACUCCCUUCUCCAGCCAAACACAGAAGCCCUGAAGGUCUGAACAUGGCUCCCCAGUACCCGGCCACAAAGCACAACAUCUGUAUGGUGUCUGACUUCUUCUAUCCAAACAUGGGAGGGGUUGAGAGCCACAUCUACCAGCUUUCCCAGUGUCUGAUUGAGAAGGGCCACAAGGUGGUGAUUGCCACCCAUGCCUACGGUACCAGGAAGGGGAUCCGUUACCUGACCAACGGACUGAAGGUCUACUACCUGCCUCUGCAGGUGAUGUACAACCAGUCAACAGCUACCACCUGCUUCCACAGCCUGCCCCUGCUACGCUGCGUGUUCACCAGGGAACGCAUCACCGUGGUCCAUGCCCACAGCUCCUUCUCUGCCAUGGCCCAUGAUGCACUGUUCCAUGCCAAGACCAUGGGCCUCAACACAGUAUUCACAGACCACUCCCUGUUUGGCUUUGCCGACGUUAGCUCCGUGCUGACCAAUAAGCUGCUGACGGUGUCUCUGUGCGACACCAAUCACAUUGUAUGUGUGUCAUACACCAGCAAGGAGAACACAGUCCUAAGGGCAGCACUCGACCCCCAGAUUGUUUCUGUCAUCCCCAAUGCUGUUGACCCCACAGACUUCACCCCUGACCCUUCCCAACGCCAUGGCGACAGGAUCACAAUCGUUGUGGUCAGCCGCCUCGUCUACCGCAAAGGAAUAGAUCUCCUUGGAGGGAUCAUCCCAAAACUCUGCCUUAAGCAUCCAGAUCUACAUUUCCUGAUUGGUGGAGAGGGACCAAAGAGAAUUGUGUUGGAGGAAGUGAGAGAGAAAUUCCAGCUACAGGACAGGGUUCGACUCCUCGGGGCCCUGGAGCACAAGGAUGUGCGAGGGGUGUUGGUGAAGGGGCACAUCUUCCUCAACACCUCCCUGACCGAGGCCUUCUGCAUGGCCAUAGUUGAGGGGGCCAGUUGUGGACUGCAGGUGGUGAGUACGCGUGUUGGAGGUAUCCCUGAGGUUCUGCCAGAGGACCUGAUUACGCUGUGUGAGCCCACUGUGCGUUCUCUGUGUGAUGGACUGGAGAAUGUCAUUGCUAGACAACGUUCAGGCUGCGUGGCCACCCCUGCCUCCAUCCACGCCAGGGUCAGCACCCUCUACACCUGGAGGAACGUAGCAGAGAGGACAGAGAAGGUGUAUGACUGUGUUGCUGGGCAGGAGGUCCUUCCUCUGGACAGGCGCUUGGUCAGACUGAGAGCUCAUUGUGGCCAUGUGGCUGGCUCCAUAUUUGCCUUUGUUGCUGUCCUCGACUUCCUGUUCCUUCUCCUCCUCCGCUGGCUGUUCCCAGACCAACUCAUGGAUGUUGCCAUGGAUGCUACAGGCCCCCAGGGACUGUGGAGGCGGGGCUUCGACAAGAGGAAAGGAAGUUACUCUAAAAGUGCCAUGUUGACCAAAGAGGAGCCAAGUCCAAUCCAGACUAAGCUGUGUUGACCCUAACCCUCUUCCAUCAUGAAACAACAUACUUCUAUAUUUAAUGACUUGAUCUCUGACCUACUGGGGUUUUUGUAACGUGGUUUACAAUUGGUGUUUUUUCUUGCUCAGGUAUUAACGUUUGUAAAUUUAGAUAUUCCUUCCUAUUCUUGGUAUUUCCUGUAUUCACCCCAAAACCUCAUGACACCCCUACAUUAUUCCACUUGUAGUUCUGUUUUGAUUUUAUUUUCUCUCUUUGCUUUGGGUACAGAGGGAUGUAGGCACACACUGACUUUAGUUGAGAAGAAACGAAGGUUCAGGGUUUGCUGAUGUCCAGGAAAAUACUACUCGUACUGGUUGCCACCGACGGUAGUAUGAAGUUUAAGGGGACUGUCAGAGCGUAACCCCAACUGCUAACCUUGUUGGUCCUUUAAUGAACUGUAUCUUUUGAUUUGAGUAGUUUCUCCUGUAUUUUAUUCAUAUCAUGCUUUGCCUCAGGCUUUUUUUGACGGGCGAGAUUGUUUCAUUUCUACCGAUGUUUGUGAGCACAGGAUGAAGGCUGUGUCCUGAUCUCCAUCCUAAACACUUCUGGAGGUCAUAGAUGAAUCGAUUGGUAAUAUAGGGAGGUUUUUUAUUCAACUGACUCUUUUAUUGUGAUGAGUGUAUAUAUUUAUAAAGUGGGCCUCUGUGGGGAUUGAACCCUGAGUUGGCAGGACCAUGGUCUUACCAAGUGAACUACACAACCAUCACUCACCCAGCAGAGGGGGCAAUUUGCAGAUAUGCCAGUCGAACCCUCUUAGAGCUUUAAAAGUGCCCUGGGCUAAAUGACAAAGUGUUAGGGGUUGAUUACACAUUAUGUUGGCCCUGUGUUUUUGUUCUUGAUCAUUAUAAACAUUGGGUCUCUUGCCCUAUGAUAGAAAUUA